GGAAGGGCCCCGCGGGAGCUGGCGGAGGGCGCAGGUCUUGGGUUUUUCUCCCUCCUCGAAGACAUAAAUCAGAAACUUGCAGCUCUCGCGGGUGUCGGGAGAGGCUGGAAGGAUCCGAGGGGCCUCCUCGCCGUGCCCCGCCUGACCCGGACCCCGCUGCUGAGGAUGGGCCUGGACAAGAUGCCCCGCAAGGCUGCCCUCGGGAGAGGCAGUGGGAGGCAGUGGAGCUGGCCUCGGCACCGGGAGAGGCUGGACUUCCCGUCUCUCUGUGCUGAAUGGCUGCGAUGGCGCCCGCUCUCACUGACGCAGCAGCUGAAGCUCACCACAUCCGAUUCAAGCUGGCUCCCCCGUCCUCCACCUUGUCACCUGGCAGUGCCGAGAGCAACGGCAACGCCAACAACAUCCUCCUGGCUGCCAACGGCACCAAAAGGAAAGCCAUUGCUCCAGAGGAUCCCAGUUUAGAUUUCCGAAACAACCCCACGAAGGAAGAGUUGGGCAAGCUGCAGCCGCUGGUGGCCUCUUACCUCUGCUCGGAUGUAACAUCUGUUCCUUCAAAAGAGCCUCUGAAGCUGCAAGGAGUCUUCAACAAGCAGACAGUCCUUAAAUCUCACACUCUCUUAUCUCAGUCCUUCUUGAAAACAAGUGAUCUGUUGGGGAGGCAACCGGUGUUGGAAUUCACUUUGGAGAAUCUAAAAACCAUGAGUACGAAUAGCCAGCCACCUCUCCCGCAAGCGCCUGUAAAUGGCUUGGCCAAGAAAUUGGCCAAAAGUACCAGUCAAGACCAUGAAAACUCUAGUUCUCUCAAUGGUGGGAAGUGUGCUCCUCCUUCUGCAGCCCUCCAGGCUGUUGACUAUAACGCAGGAGGUUCUGAACUGGGGGACUUGAAGACCGGGUUGACCAAUUGCACUCUUCCACACAGAAGCCUUGAUGCAGAGCACACGACUCCAUUUAGCAAUAAUAGCACUGCAAACAAAUCUUCCCUUAAUUCCACGGAGCAACAGCGGGUGCUCGAGGGUGGCAGUGGAGAGACUAGGUUGCCCAGCGUUGCUAGUCGCUCUGACUUUGGGAGCAGUAGGUUGGAGGAGCAGAAACCUCUGUUGGCUGGCCACCACAGCGCGCUGGACUCGGAGAUGAGGACGCGGGCGUUGCUGCGGCGGCAGGCGGACAUCGAGAGCCGAGCCCGCAGGCUGCAGAAACGCUUGCAGGUGGUGCAGGCAAAGCAGGUGGAGAGACACAUCCAGCAGCAGUUGGGUGGCUUCUUGGAGAAAACUCUGAGCAAGCUUCCGACUUUGGACCCCCUGAGGCAUCGAAGCCAGCUGAUGUUGACCAGGAAAGCAGAAGCAGCUUUGAGGAAAGCUGCAAGUGAGACAGUUACUGCAGAAGGCCUGAGCAGCUUCUUGAAGAGUGAUUCAAUAUCAGAAGAACUGGAGAGGUUCACAGCCAGUGGUAUGGCCAACUUGAGAUCCAGUGAGCAAGCCUUUGACUCGGAUGUCACUGACAGCAGCUCGGGAGGAGAGUCUGAUGUUGAAGAAGAGGAACUGACCAAAGCAGACCCAGAACAACCCCACGUACCACUGAGGCGAAGGGCAGAGUGGAGAUGGGCAGCAGACCGUGCAGCCAUCGUCAGUCGCUGGAAUUGGCUCCAAGCCCACGUCUCGGACCUGGAAUAUCGAAUCCGGCAGCAAACGGACAUUUACAAGCAGAUUAGAGCCAAUAAGGGGCUGAUAGUUCUUGGUGAAGCAUCAACCCCUGAUCCUGCAGUAGAUGAUGCAUCCCGUCCUGUUAGUGCUGAAGUGAAGCUGGAGCCUGGGGCUGACCGGCUGAGUGUUUCUGGAUCCCAGCCACUCGAGAACUUGGGUAUUUCUGCUGCAAAUACUCCUGAAUCCCAUCCCACCAAGCCCUGUGGAGCACCAAGACCUGUCAAUGGAGUUAUUAACACUCUUCAGCCUGGCCUGGCAGAACAUGCUCAGGGAGAUGGCCAGGAAGCUGAGGAGCUCUUGCAUAAAAAGCAACGACUGAACAUGGUUUCCUCCUCGGAUGGGACGUGCGUGGCCGCUCGCACCCGCCCGGUGCUCAGCUGCAAGAAGCGACGGCUCGUUCGGCCAAGCAGCAUCAUGCCCCUUUCCAAAAAGGUCCAUCGGAACAGCCUGGCCCGGUGCAGCUGUGACCUGAACCCCUCGUGUGCCCUCUGCGGCACUCGCGGCUCGGCCACUCUGGAGAUCCAGUAUGAUGCCCCUCUGCUGGAACGCCUCUCCCAGCUGGACUCCUGUAUCCAUCCUGUCCUGUCAUUCCCAGACGAUGUGCCGACCAGCCUGCACUUCCAGAGCAUGUUGAAGUCUCAGUGGCAGAACAAACCCUACGAGAAAAUCAAACCUCCCAAAAAGCUCUCGCUCAAGCACAGAGCCCCCAUGCCCACCAGCAGCCUGUCUGACCCUGCUCGCAAGGACCGCCACAAGCUGGUGAACUCCUUCUUCACUGCAGCCAAGCGCUCACAUCACAAAACCCCAGCAGACAAGGCUCACAGGCCACCACCCCUAGACGAGCUUUCGGCCGCGCCCAAGGCCGAGGCAGCGCCCGAGCGCCCGCUUGUCCAGCCUCCUGCCUGGGACAAAAAGCGAGUGCGCGACUGCUCGUCUGAGAGGAGCGAAGUGUUGAAGCAUCACACGGACGUUGGUGGCCCAAGCUACUUGUCAGCAGCUGCAACCCCCACACCUCACAGCCCCAUAGCUCGGCAACUCUCCACCUCCUCAGAGGGCUCUGCUCCAGCCAGCACGAGUGCACAGGGCACCUCCAGCACAGCUCCAAGGAGGAGAAGAGGUGAAAGCUCCUUCGAUAUCAACAACAUUGUCAUCCCCAUGUCCGUCGCUGCCACCACUCGGGUGGAGAAGCUGCAGUACAAGGAGAUCCUCACACCCAGCUGGCGUGAAGUGGACGUCAGUGCUCUGAGAGCCAACCCUGAUGAAGACAACGAGGAGAUCGAGGACUUAUCGGACUCGGCCUUCGCCGCCCGGCACGGCAAGUGUGAGGAGAUGGAGCGGGCGCGGUGGCUCUGGAGCACCAGCGUCCCCCCGCAGCGCCGCGGCAGCAGGUCCUACAGGUCGACAGAUGGACGGACAACCCCCCAGCUGGGGAACCCCUCGACCCCCCAGCCAGCAUCCCCUGAGGUGGGCAACUGCCACUCCCACCCGGAGCUGUCCCACACCCACUCCCCGCGCAGCCCCAUCAGCCCCGAGCUGCUCUCGGCGCCCCUCACCCCCCUCUCCCGGGACUCCCUGCGGCUCCUCUCCAGCGAGGACACACGUUGCUCCACGCCCGAGGCCGGCCUGGAUGAGCAGGCCGUGCAGCCCUGGGAGCGACGCACCUUCCCACUCUCGUACGACCCCAGGACAGAGUGCGAGGACCAAUCCGACCCCCAGGACCGGUUGUCGCGCUGCACCCGCCGCACGUCGGGCAGUAAAUCCUCCCGGGAGACCGAUGGCACUUCUGCUUUGCCCAACCUGGCCAGCCUCAAGAGCCGACCCCCCCUGGUGACCCCUGCUUCCUCCUCCUCCUCCUCCACAGCAGCAGCAGCAGCAGCAGCCCAGCGGCCGGCGCACAGAUAGAGACGUACGGGAAGACAUGAGCAAAACCAACACACAGAACUAACUCUUGGCAUUAAAGCUUCCAAAAUCUGCGUUUGAUAUUCAAACAUCCUGCCGGGAAUUUUCACAGUUUUUAGUGAAUUUAAGGAGUUUAGAAACUUUUUUUUGUUUUCUCUUUUUUUUUGUUUUCCUUUUUUUUUUUUUUUUUUUUUUUUUUUUUCUUCCCUCCUCCUUCUCCAUGUUUCCUUGUCACAUGAAUAAGACCCCCCAGAUUCCUCCCAGUGGAGUGAAGCCUCGGGAGGGGAGCAGCCCACCAGACCCAACCCCCCCCCCCUUUCCUCUCACCCCUUCUUUAGGUGUAUAAAACUAGAGCACAGGAUUUAGCUGACUAGCAGACUUCAGGGAUAGUUUUUCUCCAGCAAAAGGGUGUCUUUUUCUCUUGACCUGCUGCCCUCCUCUCCCUGAAAGGUUUUACUGGAGUGACAUUAGUGGUGAAAAGUGGUGUCUUGGGAUUGCAACCUGGGCUGGCUGUCCUGACGUGCAGAGCUCGCUCUGCACUUCCACCCUCUGGCGGUUUUCUUCCCUAGGUUGUGGUUCCAGGUUAUCCCCAAGGGUGAGUCUGAACCCCCCUGGUCUCUGCCCCCAGGGCCUCCCUCUGCCUCCUUCCUCCUCGCCCGGUUGCGGUGCCGAGAUCCGGCUGCCCCGUCCCCCGGGGGAGGAGGAAGGAGAAGGAAGGAUCCUUGUAGCCGCUGGACGCACAGCACGGGAGGAGCGGGGUUUGGGAAGCUGGGGUUCACACCUGGGGUGUUGCUCCUGGGUGGGAGGCAGGGAGGGGGGAUCGUUCCCAGCCUGGAGCAGGAGUCCCACCUCACUUCAGGGACAAUCCCUUUGGGGACAGGGCAGCAGCUUCCAGCUGGGAAAUGCGGGUCUGUGACCAGUGCUGGAGCCUGGCCCCUGUGUCCCCGCAGAGGGUCGGGGAGCUGGGCUGAGGGCAGCACCAAGAGCAGCAGAGGGAGGGUCCCAUCCUGGGAGCUGGUCUGGAUGGUGCCUGCAGGUGGGUUUAUUCCCAGCAAAGGAGAGAGAAGAGCAGGAAGGAGGGUGGGGAACGGGGAUCCCCCAGCGCCGCUUCGCUCCCGCACACCCAGAACUGGCGUCCAGUCUGUUUCAUUUCCCGUUGGUCCGACUGUGCUGCCUCCUGACAGGUAUUUUCUUUUGAAUCCGAGUUCGCUGUUGUUCCCUCCUGUUCCCUCCUCCUUCCCUCCCUCCCACACCCGCAGUGACUCCCGGAUCCCACACACCAUUCCCACCUGUAAACGCUUUCUGCUCCCCCAGGGUGUGGCUCUUGAUCCCUGUCCUGUCGCUGGCAUCGUGCCUGUCUUUAUGUAUAAUCACAUCACCAAAAAAACCCACAAAAAAAAAAAAAAACACAAAAAAAAGGAAAAAAAAAAAAAGAAAAAAAUACAAAGGACAUUUUAUUUUAUUUUUUUCCAUUUUGUAAUCGUAAAGAAAUAGUAGCUAAACUGCUUAAUGGUUGGGUUUUCACAAUUUUCAACAUGAUCUAGUGUUGGUUUUGGUUUUGUUUGGGUUGGUUUUUUUUUUGGGGGGGGUUUCUGUUUCUGGUUUAAAGGAUUUGUUGUCAUUUCUUAAAAAAAAACAACCCCAAACAAACCACAAAACCAAGGCUCCCAUUUCCCUCUGCGUUAAGUGCUUUUCUAUUUAUAAGGUUGAAAAUUCUGAAGAACCCUUUUAGCAUUAUAAAAAGAAAAAAAAAAAAACACCAACCCCACACACACACACACAAAACAAAAACCCAACAAAAAAAAAACCCCAACAAAACCCACUAUCCCAAACAAACCACCUUGUAUUUUGUAAAUAUUUUCUUUUCCUGCUUUGAGCUGUGUAAUGUCCUUGUUAUAUAGAAAUGCUUUUCUUCCGAGAAGCUGAUCUUUGUUAAUGUCUUGAUUCUGUUGGCAAAGCACAGAUGUGCUUAUAUAAAAAAAAAAAACAGGGAAAAAAAAAAAAAGAAAAAAAAUAAAAAGAAAAAAAAAAAAAGAAGAAAAGAUUAAAAAAAUUAAAACAGAUGAAAUUUCCCUGUGAGGUGUUUGUGACACGCUGGGCAAGGGGCCCUUCCCUCUGCUCGGUCACUUUCCCUCCCAACUCACUUUUCUGGGGCCUCUUUUGUCCUUCCCAAGGUGACUUCCCACGUUCUUGUCGGGGGGGUGAAAAGAGGAAGCGGUGGUGGGGUCUGGGAUGUGGGAUGGAGCAACAGGAGCUUCCCUGGGAGCUCCUGGGCCACCAGUCCUGCCUCGUGUGGCUCCCUCAGCCCCUCCUGGGGGGGUGUAAGGAGUUCAUUUUCUAAUUUUGGGGUUUAUUUUUCUAAUUUUGGUUUAAUUUUCUGGGUUUAUUUCACAUUCUCAGGUUUAACCAGUUACUGCUGAUUCACACCCAGGCACAUGGUCCCUGUUUGCCCUCCUGGCUAGUCCAUGUCAGCCCAUGGUGGGAGGUGACUUCCUUGGGUGCUCUUAAAUUUCCAAGAUAAGGGAAUUUAUACUUUGUUCCUCGUUGCCCAGUGGAUAUAGAACAGGAAGGUGCCAGGUGGUGAUUAACCAGGUUAUCAAAGAAGUAGGAGGCAGCACCAGGUUCCUUCCCAGUAAUUGCCAGGGCAGGAACAAUCCAAUCUGCAAAGCAAACCGUGGUGGGAGAGGCCUGGGGAAGGUGGCGGAGCAAAGAGCUCCAGGAUGUUGGAAUUGGGCCCAGUCCCAUCCCCUCCCCACCCCGCGAAAGAGGCGCCGU